GUUACAUUGAAAGGGAACCGAAAGGAAGGGGAGCGCUCGAUAGAUCGGUAGAGCGAGCCACAGCAACGAGCAGAAGAGCAAAUUUGACAUUAUUAGGUUUCCAGAUUACAGGAAUCGAACAAAGCUCGAGUCUUCUCUUCCUUUUUCUUUCGUUUUCCCUUUUCAAGCAUCUCCGGGAAUCCUUUUUCUUCUUUGCCCCGGAAAAAAAAUCGAUUUUGUUCACCCCCCUCGCCGAACCCGUGCGCCUCCUAUUUCUUGGCGUCCGCCGCCCCCAGGCUCCGGCUACCGGAUCGAGACGGCCGAGGGUUUCGGUGCUGGGAUCGAGAUAUUGGUUUGUGGAGCGUUCUGGAGUGUUCUGGGGACCGCAUCUCCCCCUCUCCGGAUCUUUCGGGCAACUCGGCCGGUGGCUCUGCUUGUUGGGACUCGCUCCCUACUGAGAAAAAUAGGCGUCUUUUCAUCACCGAUCCUGGCUUUUGAGUCCUAGGAUUGAUCACGGUCAAGGACUCGGAAGGGGGAUGCACCUGGGAAUUCUUCCGGAAGUUGCCUCCAAGGUCGUGUGUAGCCGCUUGAGGUGAUUGGUUCUUCUUGAGAUAGGCAGUGCUGGAGAUAGAGUUCUUGGUUCUUUCUGUUGAUCACGAUUCGCUGGUCACUUAGCAUUCUCGAGGUGCCAUAAAAAUGUGAUUUUGCACAUAAUAAGAGGAGAAAAGGACUUAGGUUACAAGUUUAUUUGGAUACUCUAGCGUGUGGACAUGGUUUAUGGGCAGGAGUAUGGCUGGUGGCCCGAUCACUGCAACAGCUGAACUGCAAAUUAGGUCUUUCUUGCCAACAAAGGGUCACUGAGCAAUGUCUCGCUGCUUCCCUUUUCCACCACCGGGAUAUGAAAAGAAGGUGAAGAAUGAGGCAAGGAGCGGCCAUAUAGAUUCACCGGCAAAGGAGAAUCACAAAGAGAAGCAUAAAAAGGAGAAGAGGCACAAAGAUAAAAAAGAAGGUGAAAAAAGGAAGGACAAAGACCAAAGUAAAGAUAGGCACAGAGAGAAGAAGGAUAGAAAAGAAAAGCACAAGGACAAGAAAAAGGAGAAGAAUAAGGACAAUGGUGGAAACAGGAUAUCUGAAGAUGGGAAUGAGAAACAGACUCAGUUUGACAACAAAGACAGGCUUGAGGUCAGCUGGAAAACUGAAGAAGUUAAACCUUGUAAAUUUGCUGACGAGUUGGACUAUUGGAUCAAAAAUGAAGAAAAGGUCGCAACAACGAGAAUGCUUGGUGAUUUUGGUAGUUCGAUCCAAAGAAGCUCUGAUGUCUCAGGUGCUGAAUCUGCAAUGGUUAUGGAAAGAGUUGCAAGCAAUAAAAACAUUGCUGGUUCCAUGGAUUCUUCUUCCAGGAGAAUUAAUGGGAUAGAAAGGCAAACAGACAACUUCACCAGUUCAAUUCGAAGUCAUUCUGAGGUCUUUGGAUUUGCAAAUGCAGUGCAAAAGGAAAAAAAUUUAAAGAACAAGUUGAUCUCAAAUGUCAGUCAUCUUGGGCAAAGAGGAAAUGAUGGUAGGUUACAAGCAGUAGAUAACUCUAGGGUUCCCAUCCAACAAAGAUCUGAUGGUCCACACACUUCAACUGCAGUGGAAAAGGAGAACUGUAAACAUAACAAAGUUGUCGCAAUUCCCAGCAGCAAAGUGCAAAGAUUAUUUAAUGGAAUGAACCGAUCAAAAGAAAACCUCUCCCUUCUGGCACAUGGAAAGAUAGAUGGCAUUUGCCUUGUGAAGACAAUAGAGAACAGGGGAGAGAUAAAGAAUGUUGUUACAAGCCACAUUUUCAUAGAGCAGAGAGAAGAGGAUGGGAUUGGCAGAUCAAUGAAGGAUGCAGACAAAAGGAUCAAGGGGAAUGAGAAGAACAAGGACAGGGAAGCUUAUGGUGGAAAAGAAAAGAGACACAAGGACAAAGAUCGGGAUAAGAAGAAGAAGAAAAAGAAGAAAAAGGACAAGAACAAACUUGAUGACAAAGAAAAAGAGCAGGCAAGAAAUGGAGAGAAAGGUGGGCAAACACAUAAAGAACGUGAUGAAAUAAAGAACAACAUAGGUAAAAAGGAUCAGAUAGAUAGUCCGAAUCUAGAGCCAGUGGCUUCUCAGAGGGACAACAAAAAGAGUGACAAUACUCGUGAAAAUAGGAAGAGAAAGGAACUUGAGAUGAAUGGUUUUUCACAUGAGAAUGAUUCACAGCCAAACAAGUUCCAAAGAACAACUCCUUCCCCCCACCUUGUAGAAAAUGGGAGAACAGUGGACUUAUCCGAUGUUGCUUGUUCCUUCAUAAAGCCCGAGGCCAUAAACAACAUCGAGGUAAGAAAGCUCCCUUUAGAUAUCAAGGAACACACUGUAAAUGGCACAAGAGUAGCUCAUUCAUCUCCAGAUGGCUCAAGGCAUCCUGCUGUUGUAGUCAAUGCAAAGGUCCAAGUUUCUGUGAAGGCUCCUCACCCGGAUUCCAAGUAUCUUAGUGAAAUAUACUCUGUUCCCAAAAUAUAUGAUGUACCCGAGUAUGAUGAUCAAGAGUGGCUAUUGGGCAGCUGCCACUUCCAGUCAACCCAAAAGUCAAAGCUCUCGGCCGAUGAGACUCCCCAAGUGUGGGCCGAGGCAGUGACACUCGGGUCAGAGGAUGUUCUUGCAUUGCCCUAUGUCAUUCCAUUCUGAUACUGUCUGAUUCAUACCGAAGACAUCGUAGCAGGAUCCAGAUACAUCACUCAUUCCUUCUUGCUGCCCUUCAUUGCAUCUGCCUUCCGCAGAUAAGAAUUCCAACUUGUUGGAGCAGUAUCACAGACACCAUUGAUCCAUGAGAUAGCUCCCAGCUUGCAGGAUCUGAGCAAAUCAACACAUGGUUAAGUUCCUACCUAAAAUGAGCCUCUCUAUGCUGCACAUGUUUCAAGUCCACAAGAUCGGAAGGGAGAUCUUCCUACAUGUUACAUCUAUGGAUUGGAUUACAAUGACUGCCAUCACAACAGGUGUUGCUGCUGCCCCACCACACAGUUUUGAUUCAUGUAAAUCUAUUCAUAACAUGAAAUGUACAAUAGAAGGACAAGAGAAGAACAUUAAAGAGGCUGCUGUGGGCUCUUUGUUUUGACUUGGGGGAAAGGUUUGAUUGUUUAGCUACGACAGAAGCACCACUAAUUUGGGAUGCGUUUGUUUGGUUGCACAAGAUGAAAGAUAGGACAUAUCAUUUACUCUGCAUGGAUGCUUGCUUAAACAGCAGAUGGCUGAGUGCGGCGUGGAGAGACUGUGGGCGACGAUGGAUAUGUGAUGGCAGCAGCGGACGUGGGAGGGAUGGGCGCCUCUACAGCUGUUCCUCUUCCAAGGGUGGUGUUCUGAUCAUCAUCUUCUUACUCUGUUUUCUGUAGUACCCACAGAUGAUGAGCAUUCCUACGACGAUUUCUUAUCCAAAUCAAAUAUAUAUUGUUGGGAAAA